AUGACCAGCGCCCAGGCCGUCUACUUUGAGCAGCUCUCGAAACUCAAAUAUGGCUAUCCGCUCUGGGAUCCCGAGCCUCAGAAUGGCAGCGUCGAACUGCAGAUUGGCGACGUGGGGAUCGUCUUUCAUGGCGUAUUCUCCCGCAUCUUCAAUGCCAUGCGCCCCGAAGGUGAUCCCCUUAAUGUUGAUGGUGUUCCUGAGGGCUACCUGCCACUAGACCUUGGGAGAAAUCCGCCCAAAAUGGAACGGCUCAACGACUUGCCUCCAGGACCGCUCUGCAGCCACACUAUAACGCAUAUCCACGCCAGCGCCGAAGUGAGCGCUGGAGUUGCGGGGCAUGGUGCCUCACUGGACUUUCGGUUCCGUUGCUCCGACAAACAAGGAGCGAUUCUAAUCACGAAGGAGGCCAUCGACCGCAAUUUCCUUUUGCCGAAUAAUCGCAUUGUGCAAUACAUCCGCCGCCACUAUAAGAGCUGGUAUCAAUUUGCCAUACAGGACCGCGGCUAUGCAAUCGGCAUAGAUGAUAUCAUGUUUGUGAGCGGAUGGGCUAAGACGGCAGAUUGGGCUGUCGCGGCCUUCACUCAGGGAGGGAAUUCGGCAGAGCUCUCCUUCGAUGGCAAUUUCGGGAAGCCCGCUAGCAUAUCUGCCUCCUUCUCCGUCUCGCAUGAGGAAUCACCAAUUUUACAGCAAAAUUCAGGUCCACGUGCGCGACGGGAGGAUGUUGUCGCACAAGAUUCUAACGCACGGAAUGCCCGCUACAGCGGUAGGCAUUCCGCUGUGUCUGGUCACCACCGGAGGGACCAAUGUGUUUUUUUCCACUACUACAUGGUGAAGCCCAGGGUACUCAGGACUCCAAAGGUGAUCCGCGCCGCCGCCGGAUUUCAUGAGCCAGGGCGGUCACCAAACAAUGAUUCGGACAACGGGUCGGGGUCUGAGUCUACAAUUUCAUCUCAGAGUGUCGACGUGAAAAAUAUACCCUGGGAUCAGCAGCCACAUAAUCCGGUAAAACUACUGUUAGACUACAUUCUGGAGGCCCUGACGGCGUUCAAUCUCGUGCAGCACUCGGAUGCCGAACUGGCUGUAGCUAGCGACAGAGACGUUCAUACUCUGAUGGAGGGCCGCGCCUCCGUGGGUCUGGAGGUAAUAUUGGCAGAAAUACGGCCGCACGUAUAUGUGGAUGGAAGUGGAUUGGGAACAAUUCACGACUACGCCACUUCAGAAGGCGAUCAUGAUAAAAUUCAAGGAAUAUUGCAAGAGAAAUUAUCACAAAGCACUUCCCCAGUGGCAGGAAGCUCAGAGAACGACGAAACCCGAGAAGAGGAUUUAUUCUCCGCUGAGUUUUUGGAAUGGUUCCCGCAGUCACUACAUGGUGAGAAUGAAAAACGCAAUCUUACCAUAGAAUAA